AUGAAAGUGGCCCUGGGUACCCUGAGGCUCCGGAUGCCGGGAAAUGGAGCUCAGGACAUGUUGGAGUCUGGUUUCAGUGAAAUAUAUUGCUGUGAUUUGCAGACAUUUCUGUGUUACGUCAUGCCUACUUGGGCCAUGAUGCCUAGUUACGUUAUGGCCAGUGGUCCUGCUGUCAGAAUGACUUCUGGGAAUCUCCCUGUGGCCUACUGUGACCAUUUACCUGAUAUUGUGACACUAAGGUGGUGGCUGGACUCGGUGUGCUUCCUCUCUCUCUCACCUGGAUCACUACGGGAGCUUCCGGACGGGUUUCCUGGGAGUGAGCCUAUUCAAAGAUGGUGUCUGGCAGCAUCCUGUCGAUUCUCCAGCCUCUGCUCUACAAGCAGAUUUCCCUGUGAUUUCAGCCUUAGUCUGGCAGUGCUUCAGUGGUUCCAGAUCCUUCUAGCUAUUUCAGGGCGUCCCCAACAGGAUGUGUCAUUCGUGCUUACACACCAGCUGCUGCAACCACGCAGAUCCACCUGGUCCUCUCCCUCCUGCUCUGGCUCCUCCUGGUCUGCUUCCCGCAGGGUCACUUGGAAAGAGUUGGCGCUGGAGCUGACCAUCAUGAAAGCAAUGCUGCCGGUGCCAAGUCCACGGUCUCUCCCAGUGCUGCCAAGCCCCUGGUCUCUUCCAGUGCUGCCAAGCCCAGCAGCCCUCAGCUUGUCAGAACAGAGGGACGACAUUCCACAAACAAGCGGAGAACAUGUCUUCUUGCUUCCCAGCUCUGUGCUGUGAUCUGAAGCGAUGAUGUUUUGGACUGAGAGUCAGAAAGGUUUCUUCUGAAUAGUCCCCCCAUUUCCUGGCCCUCACCUCUAACUGCUGAUGCUUCAAACGAAGUCCAAAAAGCUAGGCGGGAAGAGAAUCUGUACCAUCCCUCCUACCUCUGGUUCUCAGCCAUCUCAGCAAGCUACACUUGGGUCCCCUCUCCAAGUCACAAAUUUCCCAGUCACAUCAGUAGAGGCAAGCAGAUGCUACAGUGUCUGUGGGGGUGGUAGUUGUGUCGAUGGGUGUCUGUGUUCACAGUCUAAAAUUAGGCUCAGCUGACCAAAAUAUAUUUUCUGUAGUACUUAAUAAUUUUAAUUCACUCCAACAGCUGAAAUACCUAAUUUUAAAUAAAUUCUGAAGAGAAAUACUCCAUGUCAUAAUGUCAUCACCAGGAAAGACUGAAAUACAUGCACAUUUGUAUAAAAAAAAAUCACAAGAACUGCAAAGGUGAGAACCUUUUGAUCCUGGAAAUGAAGCAAGAGCUCCGCCCCAGUCUCACGUUGGGCUGGGGUGUGGAGCUGUGGUUUAAGAGCAAGGCCUGUGGUCUACCAAUGCUCUUGCCUGUGUGAGGCCCUGUUUCACAUCAAGACAGAGCUCCCCCUGUUUCCUAGUGAAACUAGUAAUACUGAGAAUGGGCCACGGUGGGACACUGACCUCUCAAGAUAUUUACUGU